GCCAACACUUAGUCACCGUUUAAUCUACUGCUUAUCCCCAUACUUUUUCGGUAGCCAAGACCAAGCCGGAUGGCUUCGAAACGUUGAAGACAUCUUUAUGCAAAAGGUCAGGCCAUAAACACUUUUCGACCGGGCCGAUGCUGCGCAUCUUAAAGCCAAAAUGCACCCACACAUUGAAGAGGUACAACAGUCGCAAAUUUUACGACAGGCCAAGUCCGAAGAAAAGAUUCCGUAUUUUUGGAUUUACCCGGAGCACUUCAGGUAAUUACGCGACUUACACAAGUCAGCAGGUCAGCUCACGGGUCAACAGGUAGCUAAGCGCCCCAGAUAUAAAUAAUCCUGGUAAAGUACGACAGGACAUCAUUCACAGCUCAAGCUGCCAAGCAGUCACAGCUCGUUCCUUCAAAUAAUUUUGAAAAAAUCCGAAAGAUUUCCGAAAUGGAGAGCCAACGCCCUAACCACCGCCGCGGAGCCCGUCCCAGUGUGGGCUAUCUGCUCUUCCAGUACCAGAACGAGCUGACCCGCCGGCAUGCUGAGCCCACGCGCCUUUCAAAGACCAAGAUCCACAUCAUCGACGGCCUGGUUUCCCGCACCAUCCGCCACUUGAAGCACUGCAGCGUGGAGGAGCUGCAAGCCUGCAAGCGAGGACUCGUCUACAAGGAGCAGCUGCGCGAUCAACUGAAAGGAAGUCGUCGCCGCCGGGCUCCCGCUUCCGGUGUGGCCAAUACUGGCAACAAAACUGUCACUGUGCCAGCUGUGAGUGUCAAGGCCCCGAGCACGCCGCCCAAGCCCCGAUCUUCCUCCAGCGGCGCAGCCUCGAAAGUUUCCAUCUUUGGACCCGAGAUCUUUGUCUAAAGACACCUUGACACUAUUUUAAGCUAGAUUAUCACACAAACUAUCCUUAAUUGUUGACGAUUAAAAAUCAGAAAAACAAAAAUAACAAUAAAUACUUUUACAAAGCA